CUGACAGCAGAUCCCAAAUAUCGACCGUCAUCUAAAACGACGCCGCUGGAAAAUGGACGACACCGAAACCGAAACAACCGAGACAAACGGUGAGGUAACCUGCGGUAAAAGUUCUGCCACAAAAGCCACGUCAGAUUCAAGGAUCGCUUGCGGUGCGUGUCUGAGACGCUUGCGCGGCUGGAUACCCGUCGACUACAAAGAAGAAACCAGGCAAGUUUUAAAAUUAGCGGUACCUGUGACCAUCUCACGGCUUAUGAUAAGCAUGAUCAGCUUCGUCAGUGCCAUGUUCUGCGGACAUUUGGGAAAGAUGGAACUGGCAGGCGUGUCGCUAGCCACAGCUGUGAUAAACGUUACCGGGCUAUCUAUUGGAGACGGAUUGUCAUCGGUGUGCGAUACACUGAUCUCUCAGACGUUUGGAAGCAACAACCUGAAGAGAGUCGGCGUCAUUUUGCAGCGGGGCAUUCUCAUUCUGCUGUUAGCAUGUCUCCCAUGCUGGGCCGUCCUCAUAAAUACGGAGACCAUCCUCCUGGUUAUAAAGCAGAAUCCGACAGUGGCCCAACUCUCGCAGCUGUAUGUGAAGAUAUACAUGCCUGCACUUCCAGCAGCAUUCAUGUACCAGCUACAGGGGAAAUAUCUGCAUAAUCAGGGUAUAAUUUGGCCUCAGGUCUUCGCGGGAUUAGCAGCCAAUAUUGUGAACGCACUGGCCAACUACACGUUUCUGCAUGUGCUGGACCUGGGGGUGGCCGGAUCAGCUGCCUCCAAUGCAAUCGCCCAGUUUUCCUUAGCCACGUUCCUGUUUGUCUACAUUGUCUGGAAGGGCUUGCACAAGAACACCUGGGAAGGCUGGUCUAAUCAGUGUCUGCAGGAAUGGGACACCUUCAUCAAUCUAGCCAUUCCUAGCAUGCUUAUGCUUUGUUUGGAGAGCUGGCCCCAAGAACUUGGAAGUUUCCUAGCAGGACUGAUCAGUGAAGGAGAACUGGGAGCACAAUCUAUAACAUACCAGAUGGGCUCUGUUACGUUCAUGUUCUCUCUCGGGUUUUCUGUAGCUGCCAGUGUACGUGUGGGCAAUGCACUGGGUGCUGGGAAGAUCACUCAGGCCCAGCUGUCCAGCAAGGUGGCUGUAGUCUGUGCUGCUGUGGUCUCAUUUUUUGUGGUUUUAAUCAUCGGGAAUCUGAAGAAUCGGAUUGCCUACAUUUUCACGAACGACCCGGAGAUCGUGGACAGGGUAAAGGACCUCACGGUGUUGUUUGCCUGCUUCAAUCUCCUCGACUGCAUAGCGGGCGUAACCGGGGGGAUCAUAAGGGGGACCGGGAAGCAGGCGGUUGGGGCAGUUUGUAACCUGGUGGGGUACUACUUUGUAGGCCUUCCCAUCGGAGUGUCCGUGAUGUUCGCCACACAUUUGGGGAUCGUGGGGUUGUGGGUAGGUUUACUGCUUUGCGCAUUUAUGCAGGCUCUGUUCUUCACCGUAUUCCUGGUAAAGCUCAACUGGAAGAAAACCAUGCAGGACGCCCUGGUUCGGGCUGGGGUACAGCUCUCUUCCAAUGCAGGGGAGAGUGCAGGUGAGGGCCCGGCACUGGAUAAACCGGGCUCCUCCCAGGCCUUAGAUCUGGACGUCCAGGAGUGUGAAGGCUUCUCCGCGGACAGCGGCAGGGACCUGGAGAGGCUCGGUAUGGGGGAAGGGGAGGGCGAGAACGGGGAUCAGCAGGCCCACAUCACAGUGGGCGAGGUGCUGUCUAUCAGGCAGCUGGUUCUGCGGCGGAUGCUGGCCACGUUCGGAAUGCUGCUCCUAUUGGCCGCGGGAAUCGCUGGCAGCCUCCUGCUCCCGCCCCUCCUCAAGUGAAGGGCAGCCCGUAGCGUAGUGGCUGAGGUCCAUGACUGGGACCCGGCAGGGUUGGUGGCUCAAUCCAAUCUUGUAGCCACGAUAACUUCCGCACAGCUGUUGGACCCUUGAGCAAGGCCCUUAACCCCACAUUGCUCCUGGGGGGAUUGUUCCCAGCUUAGUCUAAUCAACUCUAAGUCACUUUGGAUAAUAUACAAAACUAGAACAAGCAAGUACUUCAGGUACCUGCCAUUUUAAUUCUCAUGCAUUCUGUAAAACUUGAACCCAUUCCAUUAAUUUGUUGCCAAGACCAAAACAAGGAUAAAAGCAUGUCAACAACCUGGCAAUGUCUAUAGCUCAUAAGGAUGUCAAAGUGCUUAAAGCACAGCUUCACUUGUAAUUUAUUUUUCAUUUUUUCAGUGGAGUGCAGUAAAAUUAAUGGAAUUUGUGAGAAAAAAAAAUGUUUCUUAAAAUAUAAUUCGAUAUUUUAAUUAUAUUCAUUGAAAUAUGUUCAGAAAUUAGAGGCAUUGGUGAAGAUCAACAGAAAAUGCAACCAGAUAUAAACAGACUAUGAUACAACAGGUCUGUGUCAAACAAUAUCCAAACAGGUCUGAAUUUCGUGUCACAAGCGUGAAAAAGCACACCCCACAUCGGGUUACUGCGGCCCUGGCUGGGACAGGAGGUGACCCACAGAGGUCAUACGGAUUAAGGAUACGCGUUAAGCAGGACAGCAUGACUCGAAGAAAGGGCCACGAUCACAAAUCACUUUCUAACAAUCGACGAUGACUGGGUCAGAGACACACUUCCGUCUGAAAGGUUCACUCUGAAGAGCGGUUAAAAAAGCUCAGAGAUCUGACCGCCAAGUUUCUGUGCCAGAUGGAAAUAUCCCGCCCACGCACACUGUAGGAUGUGCAACAAUCAACCGGCACAA